CUCAGAAGGGGUUUGUGGGUCAGGGUAAUGCUAGCGCAGCUUUUAUUGCCCUCCUCCAGAACAGCGUCUGUGAGUGGGCGAGAGCCUGCAAAUGGCCCCGUGCCGCAACCGGAAAAUGUCCCCACACCCUCAUGAUCCUGGACAGGAGAGCGAGAGAGAGCCAGAGACGAGGGCCGGCGGAGCAGGAAGCGAAGAGAGAACUAAAAUAGCCCCCUGCUGCUUUGCCAGCCUGACCUGACCCUCUCUUACGAUUUCCUCUCUCUCCUCCCGUCUUCCUCAACCUUUCAAACCCACCGCCGAAGUGCAUCCCUCGUUUUGUUCUCUUUCCACUGGGGUUCUCUUCAUGCUCGGCUGAAGACCCCAAGCCAAUCGCUUCCCACCCAUCCCUCACGUUCGCUACCUACCCAGUUACCUACCUACCUAAUUGAUCACCCCAGAGACGCGUUUCCCCUGACCGAUUCGAACUGUUCUGUCAAGGGCCCAACGUCGAGUCUGUCGAAUCCUCCGUCUACCUCCUCUCUCUACCCGCCAAUCGCUUCACCACCACCCCAUUCGAGACAUUACUCGCUCACUCUCCCGAGGGAACGGUCCAUCGUCUCGCUAGCACUCCAUUUUGCCGGGUUGCGCAUUCCACUGAUCCCAGCAUCGCACCACUUGCUCACACAAACCGGGCCACCGAGGAGGAACCGAACAGUUUUCGGUCUCCUUUUCUCUUACUUCGACGACAUCUGCUCUCUACAUCCUACCACAUCUCUUUGCGACCGAGACCCUCGCGUCGCUUUCCGAACCUCCCGAAUUGUUCGAGAACAAUACCAAAAACGAAAAAAAAAACAAGAACUACAAACCAUGCUCCGAUCUUUGUUGCCGUUGGGCGUGGCCCUUCUCGGCGCAACCAGCGUUUUGGCUGUUGAUCCUCCAUCCUGCAGUCUGGACAAGAAGUGCCCCGAGGAAGCACCCUGCUGCUCUCAAUACAACCAAUGCGGCGUUGGCGCAUUCUGUCUCGGCGGCUGCGACCCGCGCAUGUCCUUCUCCAUCGACUCCUGCGUCCCUGCGCCAGUAUGCAAGGACAAAACCUACAAGAUGGACUCGCUCGACCGGUACAAGCACAUCAGCGAAUACCUUGGCGACUCUAGCAAGGUGGACUGGGUUGGCCAAGGAGAGCCCCUCUUGUACAACGGCCAUACCCUGUUGACCAUGCCUCCAAAGUCGGUCGGCACUGUGCUGGCCACCACGACCUACAUGUGGUAUGGCAAUGUCAAGGCCAGGAUCAAGAGCUCUCGGGGCGCUGGUGUUGUUACCGCCUUCAUCCUGUUUGGUGAUGUCAAGGACGAAAUUGACUUUGAGUGGGUUGGUGUCGAUCUGAACACGGUUCAGACCAACUACUACUUCCAGGGUAUUACAGAUUAUGGCAAUACCGGUAACUUGACUGUGGAUGAUUCGUACAACAAAUUCCACGACUAUGAGAUCCAAUGGACCCCAGACGAAAUUCGGUGGCUUGUCGAUGGAAAGGUUGGCCGUGUCAAGAAGAGAUCCGAGACUUGGAACGCCAAGACUCAGCAGUGGAAUUUCCCUCAGACGCCAUCCCGUGUUCAGAUCUCCAUCUGGCCCGGUGGUCUCGAGACCAACGCCAAGGGCACCAUUGAUUGGGCUGGUGGAAAGAUCGACUGGAACUCGGAUGAGAUCAAGAAGUAUGGCUACUACUUUGCCACCUUCGGAGAGAUCAAGGUCGAGUGCUGGAAGACGGACAAGGCCCCGGGCACCAACAAGGGUGUCUCUUACUACUACAAUGACAUCAGGGCUACCAACGACACCGUCGUCGACAGCAACAAGCCUACCAUUCUCAAGAGCUUCCUCGGCACGGGGACAAACAUGAACAAGGGUGAAACCACUCAGUCCGGCAGCGCCUCCCAGACUUCCGCUAUUCACGCUAUUCCUGGCGGUGGCGUUGUCGGGUCUGGAAACGCCCCCGGCGUUAACAAUGGCGGCUCCAGCUCUGGCGGUCCCGACUCGGGCUCCAACUCCGGUGGUGGUGCUGCUGCCAACCCUGGCUGCAGCUCCGAUAGCUUUGUGCAAAACUGCGGUCAGGCUGCCACUGACGGUGACAGCAAUGGCAACAACAGCAACAAUGGCGUUCGCGGAGCCGAAAGGCUGGGCGCCAGCGCCUUUGCUGUCAUCAUUGGUAUUGCCGGCCUCCUCUUCCUUUGAAAAAACAACAACCGGAGUCUUCUCACCAUUUUCUCUCGCAUGUUCGGCGAAAAGUGGGCGCUUAUAUGAUGUUUUGUUUUGACUCUUCUCCCCACGCGCGGCUGCUGACCAUAACUUAAUAUUUUGCUACACCUUCUUUGUGUUUACUUGAUACCAUGCCGGUAUAUAUACGGCUUUUUAUUUUUUGGCUUCAUUUUAUGCAGCGUCACGUUCGGGAGUUUAGCGGCAUUUCAUCGGCGGCUUGUGAUAAUUGCUUGUCAAGAUUUGGUACUUCUCUGUUUCGUAUGUAUACCUCACACAAGCAAGCAAGCAAGCAAGCAAGCAAGCAAGCAAGCAAUGGUAUUGUAUGAGAGGAGAGGUUGGAUUUUUAGGAAGCGGCAUGUCAUUUUGGAUGCUGUUGUGUCUUGUUGGGUGUAUAUAUACUGGUGUUCUAUAGGAGUAAAGGUUUAGUGAGAAUUGAGAGUGUCUGAACUGAGAUUUUUGUCUGCGGCUUUUGGCUGAUAAGCUCGUGACUAUACUACGUGUCUGGUACAGGC